AGUUUAUCAAAACAUUUUGCUUUUUAGGUAGCAGUCCCAGAACAGCAGUGUCAAUUAAUUAAAGAACUUUACAGAGCUGUAGUCUAAGUUUAUAUUUUGUAAUUGAUGCCAAUCAAGUGAUCAAACAUGGCAUCGUCACUACAACAGCAACAGCAGAUGGAAAUUAAACAGUUUAAAGAUUUUUUAUCAUCAUAUAAUCAAUUAACUGAGCGAUGUUUUCUAGAUUGUGUAAAAGAUUUUACAAGCCGAAAAGUGUUAGAUUCUGAGAAAUCGUGCUCUAAUAGAUGUAUGGAUAAAUACCUGAAGAUGACACAGAGGAUAUCACAGAGAUUCCAAGAAUACCAAAUACAGCAAAAUGAAGGACUUAUAGCAGCCCAACAAAAAUCAUUAUUAAGAUAGAACCAGUCUACAAAUUUAUACAAAUUGUCUAGCAAAUAAUUGAACAAGGAAAGAGGGGCCACAUCAUGAAAAUACAAUGGUUUUUAUACAGUUCUCGUAUUGUUUUAUACAGUUCUUGUAUUGUUUUUCAUGGAAACGUGCCAGCAAUCGAUGCAGGGUGUGCCCAGGCAUAGGAUGCGUCAUAGCACAGUGAGCGAGUGUGUCAAAGCAUUUCAACUAAAUAUUUUAUGAUUCUUGUCGUGUCAAAGUGUUUGAUGAGAAUUGACAAGAAUUAGCGAAGUUAUAAAUAUUUAAUUUAUUGCAUCAGUUAAGUAGGUUUUCAGAAAAAAUGCCAAGUAGAGUAUUAAAUGGGGUUUCCAGAAAUAAUAGAUUUGAUGUACUUCCCAGUUUUUUUUUCAACACCUUUCAUAAACUGCAAAAACCUGUAAUUGCUCAACAUGCUGGUUCUCUGACGUUGUAACUGCUAGCACAAUGUUAUCUCCAGUCAAAUUGUGACAUAUAACUUGUUCUAUUGUGUUAUGAAACUAAUUGAUUAGGCAAUCAGAAGAGUCUUCAAAAACCGGAUCCAUUUAAGGUUGUGCUGGCCAUAUGUUAGCUUGUGACAAAAGGAGUCUUGUGGUAAAAAAAAAUGAGUUACUGAUAUACAGUAUUUAGAUGGAGGACUGUAUAAGCUUUAUUUUGGUCUUUGAAUCAUAUUCCUAAGUUGUGUAAAACCAGAGUAAGAUCAUUUCAGUUCAGAUGUCUAAAAAUUCUUAAGAGGAAUAGCCUCCAAAGACUGAUAGAUUUUGUAUUGGUUUUCAUAUCAGUUCUGAAAAAUAGCUUUACAAAAUGUGCUUCAAACACAUGAUUACUUUAGGUAUUGUCAACUCAGAACUUUUGCUGCUAUGAAACAUAAAUAUUAAACUUAUCAGAAAAACUGAAACCCAAUUUUUUUGCCAAAAUAUCACUUCAGAUAUAUUUUCUUAAAUAUAUUUAAUUGAACUGGCAUACCACAAGACUUACACACCAGGAGUUAUUAUGACAAAAUGAAAUUUUAAUGUUAUUUGAUAUACAUUUACUGUAAUUCAAAGUUAAUAACACUUGUUUGGUAAAAACUGUUGUAUUGCUGAAACAGGUUAUUAUUGAAUGGGUAAAUACAUUAAUAAAAAAAAUCUAAAUCAUUGUUUCAUUUUAGUGUAAAUUUAUUCAAAAUCACUCUAGUGAUAGUUCUUUAAUACAUUGCUACUAAGGUUAUGAAAAACCUCAGCACAUCUUACUAUAUAAUUCUUUUGCCAAAACAAAUGGUGCUAUAUCUAAUUGUACAUUGCAAUAAUAGUUUUUUUGCAGACUUAUUAAUACAGUACAAAC